UAAUUGUAGUUACUAUAACUCCUUAAAAAUAAGCCAUUAAUUAAAAAAAGAAAAAGCACCGAAUUAAUUUGUACACCUAAUAAAUUAAUAACUACAGCGUUAUUAUAUAAUACAUGUAUUGUAAUUUAAUAAUUGUAUCGCUUUAAAAUUCGUAUGGCCAAGUGUGGAGAAUCUCCCACAGAUAAAAAAAGAAGCACCUUCAAAGGCAGGGAAAGCAAGGACCGUUUGUCAGUGCGACGUCUCGUUCCUUCCUCCUUUGAUGUUCACUGACACCCAUACAAAUGUAUUUCUUUGAAUCGAAUGCCGUCAGGAGAUACUGGUAGUUCCGAUUCGAAUUAGUAAAUUAGUCGAAAAUAGUGUGCGAGACGCGUACGUCAACGAAAAUGAAACGGAAGAAAACCGACGGCCAGACAGAUGAUCCAACGACGUUGCGACGCUCUCCUAUCUCCUCGUCCAGUGACAAUACAUGAAAAAAGAGAUUUCAGUCAGAACAUGAGCGAAGCAGACGUUGAAGGGGUUGGAAGUUGUAAGAACAAAAGGAAUAAAUGAGGCUUAGAGCUAAGAAGAAAGGAAAGUAGUAGCUUGAAGGAGUACAUUUAUGGUCCUAUCUUUGUAGAUAGUAUUCAUUAGGGACAUUAAAAAAAAGGUGGGAAAAAAUGAUUCAAUCCAUGCUCCUGGGAAGUUGAGAUCCCUUGAAGACAUCUAUAAAUUGAUCUUGUAUCUCACAAUAAGAGCAUGACUUAUAUUUUGAAAAAAAUUUAUUGAUUAUCAAUAAUCAAAUUACAUUAUUCAAUGACAUGUGGAAUAUAUGACAGUCGUAUAUUCUCACAUUUGUGACAGAUUUCAGGAAACAGCAAACAAUUUUUUUUCUCCUGUGAAAGAUGAUGGAUUCAUGAUGGUCAGGUCAAAGGGAAAUGUUAAGGUUCGGUUGCCAUAUAGGGAAUGUACCAUGGAGCUUAGAUCCAUGACAAAAAGACCGUCACCUUACACUCAUAUGAAUAAUCUGAAUUUCAUGAACUUGCAUGAUGAUUCCACAAUAAGAAGGAAACAAGGUCCUAACAAAGUCAGGGUAGAAGGUGAAGAUUCGCCACCAAUAAUUAUUAGAAGUGGAUGUGCAAUGUUUCCAAGGUUUAGGACAUUUGGAGAGACCUGUACUUAUACAAUGCAGAAAUUCAGAUGUCAGAUACUCAACUGGUCAUCUACAAACUGUGGACCACAUGGGAACAGAUGUCUCUACACACUCAAAGAACCAAAACCAGAUGAAAAUAAUGUGAUCAGGGCUGUACACUUUGCACCCAACUUGAAAACUAUGGAGACUAUGAGGAUUGCUUUUGAAGAAAUUAACAACACUUGCACAGCAACGGGAGAAUCUACAUCAAACGAAUGGUUCAGGGUAUUCGAUGAUGGUACAAACUAUUGCGAUUUACAUAAUUUAGUGACUGAAACUGGUUUUGAUAAAAGUUCAAAGUUUUUAGAAAUGACAAACAAUGCGAUUUGUACACAAUAUACAAUGGCAAUAUGCCAGUAA